CAGGGGGACUUCCGCUGUAUUGCAGCCCAGCAACACCAGGACGAGCCGGGAAAAAAAACCGUUAGAAAGUUUCUCGUACUUGUGCCAGGCAGACAUCGUCAAUCAGAGCUCAAGAAUCUUAGUUGAAAUUUCGUAAAGUUUUAACUUGUUCUACUUCAGAAUUGUUUUCUUCUUACUUCAACACGAAGAAUCAAAUUCAUUUCCCUCCAUUUUGAAGACUGCUUCCAAUUUAUCUUCCACACUAGCUGGGAUUUGUUCCUACUGAAUGUUUCUUCUAACAUCAACAAGGAGAAUCAAGUACAUUUCCCACGGUAUUUGAAGACUGCUUCCAAUUGAUCUUCCAUCUAGCUGGCAUUUGUUUUAUUGUUCAAUCAAACUAGCAGAACAGUACUGACUACAGAGGGUCUGACCAACCCAAAGCAAAGAAGAAAAUGGGAUCAAAAAAGAAAGCAGAGGAAGAUGUUAUAUGUGAUGAACAUUUGAAUGCCCCUAAGAAAAGGAAGAUCAAUGAAAUGAUUGACUCUCUUCUGCUUGAAGUAGAAAACAAGAAUGUGGCUUACUUAAAGUAUUUUGUCGAACAAGACCAAACUGGCAACUUCCCGUUGAGUGAACAGUGGAGAUUAGUAUUCAUUCCUGCCCUAUCUGACACCACUAUUUCAGACCAGAUCUUUCAUAUCCUCAAGAAAAAGUACCCAGACAUCGACCUCAUGAAAAAAGAAGAGAAGACAAAAAACCCAGAUUGUAUAAUUCUACCACAACACGCUGAUACAGAGCAGCUCAUUGAAGUACUGGAGCUGGUCGGCGCUGCGUGUGUUUUUUAUGGGAAUCUCAGUGAUCGAAGAUACGGCUGGAGCUGCUGGUAUAAAGCCACGAAUCUGCGAGAAGGCAAUGCCAUUCCGAAACCUACUCUACCCCAAUCUGAAACCCAAAAACUUGCUAUGAGGAAAAAACUUGAAUUCCAAACUGUUCAAGAAUUGGAAGGAUUGCUUCGGCAGAGGCGAACGCACUGGGCGACUCAAGCAAUCUUCACUUGUCUACGUAUUUCGAAGAAGUGUGACUCGUUUCCGAAUAGAUUCAUCGUCUACAAUGUGUUCAAAUUCGCUCUUCAAGGAUGGGGGGACCGGAAUGUGCCCCUUCCCCGCGCUUUCGCCAUGUCCCUCCAGCUUUUUGAGCUCUUUGGGAGAACAAAAUUUUUUGAUGUAUUAGUAAAAAAUGAAACCGACUUGGAAGAUGUUGUUCAGUCAACUUUAACCGAAUUCUUCAACACCCUGAGGGACCCACAACGGAUUCAAACUGAACUGGCUACAGUAUUGACAUUCGACCGUUUGAUGACUUCUCUGGUUUUCUCUUUCGUAUACCAAGUGAAAGUUCACAAAAAAGCUCGAACUGAUGAAAUCAAAAUCAAAGAUUAUACGAUCAAAUCAAAAGCCGACAAGCUUGAAGAAAUUUCACAGCUGAUUCUUGUUAUUCUCAAACUACUGGUGUCAAUUCCGAAAUCGAAGGCUGAAAAGCAACAAUUGAAGAGCAAGCUAGCCCUCUACAUAAAUAUCUUUGAACUCAAGCGGGUAUCUCAAAAACCAAACAGUCUCUUGCUUCGAGCAUGCACGUCGCACCAAGGAACACCCAACGAGUUCAAGCUUAUCAAGUUGUUGCUGAAAGCAGGAGCGGAUCCCAACGCUGUAGAUCAACAACGCUGCAGCCCUCUUCAUCUGCUGGCAAAAAGUGAACAUCUCUCCUCUCGUAUGUGGGACGAUCCUUCGUAUUCUACUCGUGCUGAAAACUUCACUGCCAUCGUUCGAGUUAUCUUUGAUGGAAGAUUCCAUCAAGAUCAAGUCAAUCUAAGUGGCCAAUCAGCAUUGGAGUGUCUAAAACCUCUUUCGAGCUAUCCAGACGCUGAGUUAAGCCGACUGGUAGGCAAUUUCUCGCAGGGUGUUCGUCCGUUAUCUUGCAUCGCAGCGAAAGAAUCAACUCCCCUGUGAAUGUUUACCUAUGACGCUUCAGAGUUCAGUCUAUGGUUUUGCAGCACUAGUUCGUUUCGAUACUAAAUUGAUUUGUUUUCCUUUUUGGCGUCUACAUUUACCGUUACGAAAUUUGUCGUAUUGUUAUUGGCUUUCGUUUGCAUCGAAUAACAACCUUUGCUUGAGUCGUGGAUAAAUAAAACGCGUUAAUAACUUA